AUGGCCAGCCCCAGUCACAGCAAAAUGAAAGCAACAGGAACUGUGCAAGGGGACUGCCCAGCUACCAGCCAGAGUCGGUGCGCAGGUUGGAUGUGGGAACUUCGAGGAAGACCAAAGGAACACAGAGGGGGUGGAGAGAAUACAAGGGGAAAUGAACAUAUAUUUCAGUAUUUUGUUCUGAUAAAGACUGGGUGGCCUCUUGAAAGUGGAGACUGUGAUGGCGAGCAGCACCGAGAAGCUCAGAAAUCCUGGAUUGAAAGAGCAUUUUAUAAAAGAGAAUGUGUUCACAUCAUACCCAGCACCAAAGACCCCCAUAGGUGUUGCUGUGGGCGCCUCAUAGGCCAACAUGUCGGACUCACUCCCAGUAUCUCUGUGCUUCAGAAUGAGAAAAAUGAGAGUCGUCUCUCCCGAAAUGACAUCCAGUCUGAGAAGUGGUCCAUCAGCAAACAUACUCAGCUCAGCCCAACAGAUGCUUUUGGAACCAUUGAGUUCCAAGGAGGCGGUCAUUCCAACAAAGCCAUGUAUGUCCGAGUAUCUUUUGAUACGAAACCUGAUCUCUUGCUACACCUGAUGACCAAGGAAUGGCAACUGGAGCUCCCCAAACUUCUCAUCUCUGUGCAUGGAGGGCUGCAGAACUUUGAACUCCAGCCCAAACUCAAGCAAGUCUUCGGGAAAGGGCUCAUCAAAGCAGCCAUGACAACCGGAGCAUGGAUCUUCACGGGAGGGGUUAACACAGGCGUCAUUCGUCAUGUUGGAGAUGCCUUGAAGGACCAUGCAUCUAAAUCUCGAGGGAAGAUAUGUACCAUAGGUAUCGCCCCCUGGGGAAUUGUGGAAAACCAGGAGGACCUGAUUGGAAGAGAUGUAGUCCGGCCAUACCAGACCAUGUCCAAUCCCAUGAGCAAGCUCACCGUUCUCAACAGCAUGCAUUCUCACUUCAUCCUGGCUGACAAUGGGACCACAGGAAAAUAUGGAGCAGAGGUGAAACUCCGCAGACAACUGGAAAAGCACAUUUCACUCCAGAAGAUAAACACAAGAAUCGGCCAAGGGGUUCCAGUGGUGGCACUCAUAGUGGAAGGAGGACCCAACGUGAUCUCCAUUGUUUUGGAGUACCUUCGUGACACUCCUCCUGUACCAGUCGUGGUCUGUGAUGGGAGUGGACGGGCAUCCGACAUCCUGGCAUUUGGGCAUAAAUAUUCAGAAGAAGGCGGACUUAUCAAUGAAUCUUUGAGGGACCAGCUCUUGGUGACAAUCCAGAAGACUUUCACGUACACUCGCACCCAAGCUCAGCACCUGUUCAUCAUCCUCAUGAAAUGCAUGAAGAAGAAGGAACUGAUCACAGUAUUUCGAAUGGGAUCAGAAGGCCACCAGGACAUUGACUUAGCUAUACUGACAGCAUUACUCAAAGGUAAGAGUUCCUCUAUCCACAUAAUACAAAAA